AUGCCCAAAUCGAGCUCAGCACCGCGAAGCAAAGACGCUUCGGGACUGAUGGAUGCAAGGUCCGGCCAAUCGUCGCGCCGGACAUCGCGAAAGAACAAGGCGUCAUGGAGGAAGCAUGUCGACUUAUCAGAGGUGGAAGCUGGAAUGGAAGAGGCGAGGGCCAGAGAGAGAGCAGGCUUGCCGUCACGGACUUCCACCAAAGGCAAGGGAAAGGGAAAGAAGAUCGACGACGAGACAGAGAAGGACAAGGCAGCGGGUUUUGACGAGCUGUUUGUGGAGGACAGGGUGGGGGACGAAGACGUUGCGCGUCAACUUGCCAGGUCUCACAGGCUGAAGAAGCCUCUGCGCAGCAUGGAGGGUCUGCAGAGCAGCAGUGCAGUACCAGCAUUGACCGGUCGAGCUAAGCGACAAGACCAGAGCAAGAGCUCAGAAGGUCAAAUGACAGCAGAAGACAAGCGCAGAGCAAGGCUGAACAGAAUAAGCAAAUCUCAGAAGGAUCAGCUCAAGAGAUUGGCCGGGCACACUAUCAGGGGACCCUUCGGCGCUGUGGUGGAAGGGGAGCAAGGCAGGGUGAGAGAGGCCGCUCCUGAUGCUCACGCAGAUAUAUGGCAAGACGCAACAGCGGACGAGCGCGGUGCGGUUGACGUUGCCGCUGCUGAGGAGGAGGAGGACGAGUGGCUAGCCAACGCUCAGAGAGAAUUCAACAAGCUGCCGACGAAAGCUCCUCGAACCCUUGGUGCUUCCGUUCAUGUAUCGCGACCAGCCAUCUCGCAGCCGCACGCCGGCCAAUCCUACAAUCCUACCCUGGAAUCACACGAUGCGCUCUUGGCCCGGGUGGGUGCCGAGGCUGUUGCGCACGAACACGAGCGGCUAAGGCACGAAGCUUUCAAGAAGGAGUGGGACGAUGGAGGCAAGAUCGCGAAAAUGGAUGAGGCCGAUGCUAAAAGGGUGCGAGGAGAAGAUGAAGCGGAGGCACCAGUCGUGAAGAAGGAUCCCAAGAGGAAGACGAGAGUGCAGCUAAAUCGAGCAAAGAGAGUCCGUCAUGAGCAAACUCUCCGCCUUGCAGCCAAAGCCGCCAAGAUUCAACGUGCGCAGCUAUCCUCUCUUUCCGCCCUCAAGAAGGCAGCUCUCGAAGCCGAAGCGAAGCGCGUCGCUUCGCGGCUGUCAAAGCUGUCUUCACGCGAGUCCAGAUUGUCAAAAGCAGGUUUGGCAGGUCAACGGCUGGGCAAGUUCAAAGUGCCAAAGCCCAAGGCGGAGGACGAUGUGCAGCUGGGAGAAGAAUUGAGCGAGAAUCUCCGGAGCCUGAGACCCGAAGGCAAUCUGUUCAGGGAUAGGUUCCAGAGUCUGACUGUUCGAGGGUUGAUCGAACCUAGAAUGAAGGUCACUGCUAGUGGAAGGCAUAAACGUGGCGGAAAGGGCAAGAAGACGUAUGAAGCGCACAGCUACAAACGAUUCAUCUGAGACUCCUCUUGACUCGACCUUGCACGUCUCGUCUUCUCUAGAAGAGCCAGCUAUCCUACAUCGAGAGCUUUGCAGAUGACCACAAGAGAGGCGCAAAGUCUCGAGCUAUUGCAUGCAAUUUUGACGAUGAAAGCAUUGCAUGGAAGUGCGCGCAUUGCCCACGCUUUGACGAUUUCAGAGGUUAUUCUCGAGGGACCGCUCAUUCUUGAGCUUGAGCAAUCUCUGACAGACAUCCUCGAGCGGGAUGAUCUCAUCUCUACCUUUGCCCCCCUCUCGCCCGUUUCUAACGUUGACGCUGCAGAGUACAAGCGUAGGAUGUUGAGGCAUCAGCAUCUUGCAACGAGGCAGCGCGCUUCUGUCUAACCUGAAACAGUAUCAUCUCACCUGUUCGUCUCCAUCUCGCUGUGCCCAACGACGAGAAUAAAGUUC